AUGCCAGAGCGAUCUAGGCAAGAAGUACCACUUCAAUCUGGAGCCCCUUCCAGAAGUCGUAACUCUCACAGAGCUCCAGAGCGUGGGAGCGUGCAACCAGCAAAUCGCACAAAACAAAGCAACAGACUGCCAGAUCCCCCGCCAGCUCCACCACUUCCCCCAGCUUCAAAGCCAUCCCGCGCUCCGUUGGCUCCACCUCCCCCUCCAGCCCCACCAGCCCCUCCAGCCCCUCCAAGUUUGCCAAGCAAGGCAUCCCGAGAUUCCCGAGCAUGGGGUGAACACCCACUGCCCUCCAGGCGUUCCCGCAGCGACAGCAGAGAGCGCGACAGUCGUGCCGCACCUCCGGCGCCGCCACCUGUCCCUGGAAGACGCUGGUAUGAAGACACGACCGGCACGACCGGCAGCAGCAACAGAUAUCUGCCAGAACCUCCGCGGGUCCCAGAUUCAAGGCCACAAAGGCCGCCAUCACCCAAAUCGGAUGUGUGGGACAGCUGGCAUUCCGAAUACGGAGAUGGGUAUGAUUCACGGUAUGACUACUGGGACGUCCCAGAUCGUCGAUAUCACGGUCGCUUCGACAUCUGCUCACGUAGUUCAGAGGAGUCCGAGGACGAAGGCGACGAGCCAUGGGCAGACAUCCCGCAGCCCCCAUGUGUGCCCUACAAUCUGCCUCCGCCUCCUCAAGUCCCGCAAGGAUGGAGCGGCAAAGGAUCUUCAAAGAACAUGUCUCGCAAGAGAGCUGCUUUCUUCCCGAGCCAAUGGUUUUGCCAUGUUUGUAACAAGGACUUCUGGAACCAAGAGAAGUACAACAACCAUGUGGAUGACGAGCAUAUACCAUGCCCAGAGGAUGGCUGCAACUUCUCCGGCCCGGAGCAUGUCAUGAUGGUGCAUAAGCUGAAGCAUGUGAAAGCAGCGGACGGCUCGAACGUGACGGACUCACCGGAAGAGCUCACAGCAUGGAGGGAGAUGCGAAAGGCCAAUUUCCCCAGCAGAGGCAAUCUACAGAAGAAGAUGGAGCUAGAGGAGAAGAGGCGCUUGUCCGGCGCACUUCCAGAUCCUCCGAAGCUCAGCAUGCUGGAGAAGCUCUUGCGUCGUACACAUGGCAUGCAUGGCAUGGAGAAAGGAAAAGGCAAAGGGAAAGGAAAGAAAGGCAAGUUCAAAGGCAAAGGCAAGGAGUACAAAGGCAAGGAGUUCAAAGGAGAUGGGAAAUCAAAGGGCAAAAAAGGAAAAGGCAAGGCCAAGGGAAAGGGCAAGCGGAUGACAUGGAGCAUGAGCAUGAGUGAAGAGCCUGUAGAAGAAAAGGUUCAUCCGACGCAAUUCUUGUGUUUGCCGUCCGUUGUGGCGAAUUGUGUCCCGUUGGAGUCACCAUUUGGUAGCUCCCACUGCCAGGGACGCAGCCAAGCAUAUGAAAGUCGCAAUGGGAAGCUGGGAAUUUGUCGCUACUUUGAGCGAGGAUUUUGUUAUCAUGGGGCAGCAUGCCUAUAUGAGCACAUCGGGGGUCCCCCGCAAGUUCAAGCAUCAGACAUUGCAACCACUGCUUGGUGGGUGUUGCCCUCGACGCUUGCGAACAGAGCAGGUCGACCAGGUGAAGGGCCUGCCGGUGGCGUAUUCGGCCCACUGCGCGCGCGUCAGGUGCGAGCUACCCAUGUUGAACCAUACCGGGCACCAGACGACCGCGAGCGGCGGGAUGGCCUCCUCAGGCGGCUGCUGCAACCGGAUGUUGACCGAUACUACUCUGCCAUCCUUCAAUGCGUACGCUACAUCGUGGCUACUGACUUCUUGCAGCUCGAAAGGCCUAAACUGCCGAGCAACGUGCCAAGCCUGCCCAUCCAACAAGCUUCUGUCACUUCGGAGACAAUCAAAGUCCCCGAAGCAAGCGCGGACCUCGGGGCGGAAAUGGAUGAUUCGGAAUGA